AUGAGCAAUUUUACAGGCAACACAGAAUGGUUAUUAGCAAAAAUUGUAAAAAUUGAAAAUGAAAAGUAUAAAGUUGAACUGAAAAAUAAUUCGCUUUCUGGCGUAAUAUUUACCCGAUGUUCAGAAGAUAUACGGAAAUUUAAUGUUGACUUUCAAAUUAACGAAAUAGUUGAAAUUUGGAAUUAUAAUGAAUGGGUUUUAGGAAGAAUAUUAGGAAAAGAACGGGAGGAGUAUAUCGUUCGUAUUGAAAGUGGAGAAUUUUAUGGGGAAAUAUUUAAGAGUUAUCCAAAUAAUUUAAAAAAGCAUGGGGAAGUGGAACAUUAUGAAAUUGAUGAAAUUGUUGAGGUAAUGAACAAUGACAAAAUAACAGGAGAAACUAAUUGGAUUAAAGCAAAAAUAUUAGAAAUUAAGAGAGGAAAUAAUUAUGUUGUAGAGAUUGUAGAGAAAUGUAAAUUGAAGGGAGCUGAAUUUAAUAGAAAUAUUUCUAAUAUAAGAAAAUUUAAAAGUGAAAAUAAUUUUCAAGUUGGUGAAGAAGUUGAAGUUUAUUUUUAUGAUAAAAUUGAAGACAAGACGGAAUGGGUGAAAGCUAAAAUAUUAGAAAUUAUAAAUGGAAUUUAUAUGUUGAAGAAUGAAACACAUACUAUACUGAAAGAAUAUUAUUCUUUUAAUUUAAGAAAGAUUAAUUCUAAAUAGAAAAAAGUGAAGUAUCUUUUAAUAUGUGAACAAAAUUAUAAAAGAAAAUUUUAAAAGAUUUACAUAAAUUGUAUUAUAUGUAUAAACCCAGAUCCAUCCCCUCAAUCCUUCGAUAUCUCUCAAAUCCGUCUAUAUCCUCCGUAAUCGUCUUAAUCCUUCCAAGACAUUGGGAAAAAUUAUUUUAUCUCUCAUAUGCAUUUUUAUUCAUUAUUAUUGAUGUUGUU